UAGAAAUAAGUUACAGAAAGCCCUAAUAUAAACCCGCACUGAAGCUUUCUUCUUCUCGUUUCCUCGUUCACUUGUCGCGCUUUAAACAAAAAAACUCAGUUUAUUUAAUCUGUUCGCGUUCGUCACUAAAAAGCUGAGAUACAGAGAAUCUAAAAAAAAUGUCACUGAGAGUGUUAAACCCUAAUGCCGAAGUUUUAAACAAAUCGGCGGCGCUUCAUAUGAACAUCAAUGCCGCUAAAGGCUUACAAGAUGUCCUCAAAUCUAACCUCGGCCCUAAGGGAACCAUUAAGAUGCUUGUUGGUGGAGCCGGUGAUAUCAAGCUUACCAAAGACGGCAACACUCUCUUGAAAGAAAUGCAAAUUCAAAACCCUACUGCAAUUAUGAUUGCAAGGACAGCUGUUGCUCAAGAUGAUAUAAGUGGAGAUGGUACUACUUCUACUGUUAUUUUUAUUGGAGAGCUUAUGAAACAAUCUGAACGCUACAUUGAUGAAGGUAUGCAUCCACGUGUUCUGGUAGAUGGGUUUGAAAUUGCUAAAAAAGCUACUCUCCAGUUUCUUGAAAAAUUUAAGACUCCUGUGGUUAUGGGUGAUGAACCUGAUAGAGAGAUUCUGAGAAUGGUAGCAAGAACAACACUGAGAACUAAGUUGUAUGAAUCUUUGGCGGAUCAGCUAACUGAUAUAAUUGUCAAUGCGGUGCUCUGCAUUAGAAAGCCUGAGGAAGCCAUAGAUUUGUUCAUGGUGGAGAUUAUGCACAUGCGCCAUAAAUUUGAUGUGGACACUAGGCUGGUUGAAGGCCUUGUCCUAGAUCAUGGUUCUAGACAUCCAGACAUGAAGCGACGAGCAGAGAACUGUUAUAUCUUAACUUGCAAUGUAUCUUUGGAAUAUGAUAAAAGUGAAAUAAAUGCAGGAUUUUUCUACUCAAACGCAGAGCAGCGGGAAAAAAUGGUUGCUGCUGAAAGGCAACAGGUGGAUGAAAGAGUGAAAAAGAUCAUUGAACUAAAGAACCAGGUUUGUGCUGGUAAUGACAACAAUUUUGUUGUUAUUAAUCAAAAGGGCAUCGAUCCCCCAUCACUGGACCUUCUAUCUCAUGCAGGGAUAAUUGCUCUUAGAAGAGCAAAGAGAAGAAAUAUGGAACGCUUGGUUUUGGCUUGUGGAGGAGAGGCAUUAAAUUCUGUGGAUGACUUAACCCCUGACUGCCUUGGUUGGGCUGGAUUGGUUUAUGAGCACAUCCUAGGCGAAGAGAAAUAUACAUUUGUUGAAAAUGUAAAAAAUCCCUCUUCUUGUACAAUCUUGAUAAAAGGGCCUAAUGACCAUACUAUUGCCCAAAUUAAGGAUGCUGUUCGUGAUGGCCUAAGAGCUGUCAAAAAUACCAUUGAGGAUGAAGCUGUUGUGCUUGGAGCAGCAGCUUUUGAAUUGGCAGCCAGAAAGCACCUAAUCAGUGAAGUAAAGAAAACAGUUAAAGGGCGUGCUCAGUUAGGUGUCGAAGCGUUUGCUGAUGCACUUCUUGCGGUGCCUAAAACGCUGGCUGAGAAUUCCGGGCUUGACACUCAAGACGAGAUUGUUAAUCUUACGGGAGAGCAUGACAGGGAUAACAUUGUGGGAAUAAACCUCCAGACAGGAGGGACCCUUGACCCUCAGAUGGAGGGCAUCUUUGACAACUACUCUGUCAAACGCCAACUCAUUAACUCCGGGCCUGUAAUUGCGUCGCAGUUGCUAUUGGUGGAUGAAGUGAUCCGAGCUGGGCGUAACAUGAGGAAACCAAGUUAAACUUAGUAUGGCACAGUGUGUAUUUUUAGACUCAUGGAUAUUUCUGAAUGCUGUCUUUGUUACGUAACAGAGUCCUGAGUGCAUUGAUGUAAUGGAGAAUGGUUGUGGUCCAGGGAUUGUUUUAGGUAGAAUUGGAAGUCUCCAUUUGUUUUGUUGUUGGAAUUUUGGUCGAGAUUAAGUUAUUUAUAUGUUAUGUACUCGUACCCACUGUUUUUGCUUUUGAA